UCUAGUAAGCCGUUGUCGUGGCAGGCGGGGAAAAACGCCCAGUUGUGUUUCAAUUCAUGAUCACACCACGAGAUAACCGCAAUGAAUAAGAAGUUUGUCGUCAAGAGUAGAGAUGCCAAGAAGCCAGCAGCUCUAUCGAUGUCGAUACCACUUUCCACCUGUCACUACCCGCGGGGGCCGGGCGGCAGGUGCCAGUAGACGCGGCGGCGCGCCAGUCUCCCGUGGCCACCGCAUUAACUGCACGUCGCGCGAACGCAUCUCACCUAUAUCGACAAUUCGACACGUGCGUACCUACCGCAACCCUAUUUUGUUGUUCUAAUUCCAAAAAAGUGUUGUGCACUUGUGCUACGAAGGAUUAUAACCUCGUCCGAUCCAACGAUUGCCAGCGGUUUAGAUCAAGUGUAGUGAUUGGUGGUUGUAUUAUGUGUGGACACCGCGCUGUUUCGGACCUUAGGUGACGUGCACACAUGCCGUAAUGGUAGUUUGGAGAGCAAAGAGCACUAGCCGUCGGAGACACGGUGUCUUGUCCAAAAUGGCAUCGGAUAUAGCAUCACAUAUAGCACGGACGUCGGUCGUGUGCUUAUUAUUAGCAUUAGCCAAUUCACAAGUGAGAGCUGGGGAGCUAUGGCCCAUAGACAGGCCAGAUGGCAUGCCCGUGAUCCAAUCACUAGAGGUCAUGUGCGGGAAAGAUCACAUGGAUGUCCACCUCACAUUCUCACACCCUUUUGAAGGCAUCGUUUCAUCAAAAGGUCAGCACGGUGACCCGCGGUGCGUUUACGUGCCACCGUCAACAGGCCAGACUUACUUCUCGUUCCGGAUAGCGUACGCCAAAUGUGGCACCAAACCGGAUCUCCACGGACAGUUCUAUGAGAACACCGUAGUGGUGCAAUACGACAAAGAUCUGCUCGAGGUGUGGGACGAAGCAAAGCGGCUGCGAUGCGAAUGGUUCAACGACUACGAGAAGACCGCUUCGAAGCCCCCGAUGGUCAUCGCGGAUUUGGACGUUGUGCAGUUAGACUUUAGAGGGGACAACGUUGAUUGCUGGAUGGAAAUUCAAGCGGGGAAAGGCCCAUGGGCUCCACCGGUCUCAGGGAUAGUGCCUCUAGGCUCCACCCUGACGCUGGUUGUAGCUAUCAAUGACUACCGAGGCGAGUUCGAUAUGCGGGUGAAGUCAUGCGCUGCAUCAGAUGGUUCGGGACACAUUAUACAACUGUCAGACGAGUAUGGCUGUGUGCUGCGCCCGAAGAUGAUAUCAAGGUUCCUCAAGGCCAAAGCGGCGGACGAGAGAGCCACAGUGAUCACGUACGCUUUCUUCCACGCGUUCAAAUUCCCCGAUGCGCUCAGCGUUCAUAUCAGGUGUAAGGUGGAGAUUUGCAGACACGGGUGCUUGGACCACUGUCAGUUAGCUGGCGUCACACCGCAGAGACAUGGUGCCUUGGACAGAAAGGAUGAUAGGACUCAUCAGGACCAUAACGAUAUCAACGACUCGUCAGCCGAGGAUUCCGACAUCAAUUAUUCGGAAGAACCUCAAAGGUUGCCGCUGGAAGAAGCGUUUGGUGACGAGGUAUCAGGUGAUGCUGUUCCCGCGCCCGCACCGCUACCGCAACGUGCGCCCGCGCCCGUCAACGAACCUGACUCAGACCACAUGUCGGCUGUCCAAGACUUGGUUGAUGCUCUCGCUAGGCCGUUUACGGAUCGCCCUUCAGACUUGAGCGAACGCGAACGUUUUCCUCAAGGACCUCGUAAUCUCGAUGGGAAUGCUAAAAUGGAACCUACUGGAGACACUGUAGUGCCAGCCAAGAAACCAGGUCCCGCCGUAGCUGGCCCCAGAUCUUUGCGUAAACGCAGGACGAUCCGAGACGCGAGAUCUGCUGAUGUGGGAGUGUCUGGAAUAUACGAGGUGGUGUCGGAAGCUGAUCUAGCUUUUGGUCCUUCGAGGGAGCCGGUGACUGUGUUCAGCGGCAGGAUUAGAGAAGAGGUGGUGUACGGCAUCUGCAUGGGCGCUGUAAGCUUCGGCGCAUUAUUCGCGUCAGCAGCGGGUGCAGCGGCCGGCGCAGCGCUGGCUGCAGCCGUGCUUCUACAGCGGCUGCGGUCACGGAUGGCAGCCCAGCCCGUGAUAUCACCCGCACCGGCGCCGGCUGCGCACUCGCUCGCCGCAUGGAUGGCACUGCGACUGCUCGGCUCGCCGCCCCACCCGCAUCUGACGCGCGACGGCUGAAGCUGACCGACCAAAUUUAGAACACUGUAACUUUUUAAAGAACUCGAUUCGAAUCGAAAAGAGGUCGGCUUCGUGUUUGGUGAUUGUUUCUAUUUUGGUUUUUGAAUUUGGAGAAGAGCUACCUACCUACUGUCGCGUUCUUCGAUCAACAAUUCUGUAGAUAACGGGUUGCAUACAAAAUCAAAGCUAAAAAUUGUCCGCGUAUGUUUAAACUUAUGCAGCUACUUUCGAUUCCCAAUAUACAAAGAUAAAUGUUUAAAAACAGUUUCAGUUCAACCUAAUAACAACUAUCUCACAAAGGAAUAUGGUUAUAAAUAACAUAAUGUUAUUUCGCACAUAAACAACAGUAAAUAAUAACAGUCAUUGGCUAGCGAGAUAUUUCGUUUUGUAUUAACAGAAUUAAUUUAAAAUAAAAUCUCACGCCUCAAGUGAGGCUAUAUUUACCGAGACGGAUUUUAC